GUGUGUCUGUGGCCUGUGGUUGCACGUCAGCCCCCUACCGCCAUGGAUGUGCCCUGGCUCGUGGGGUUGAUUCUACUCCUCUUGGGGACCCCUCUUGCCCAUGCUGAGCCACUGUACAUCCUGGUGACCCCCCACCAAGCCCUGCGGGUCGGCAGCCCUGAGACCAUCCAUGUACAGGCUCACUCGGACUCCCAGCAGUCCCUCAAAGGGACCCUCGAGGUGAACCUCACCAUAUGGGACUUCCCCAUGAAGAAGGCAGUGAUGGCUAAGAGCCACCUCAUUCUCUCAGAAGAAAACGACUUUAUGAAACAGGCCUCCGUGACGAUUCCCAAGAGCCUGAUAUACCCCUCACAACCAGGGCAGCAGUAUGUCAUCAUCCGGGCAACCUGGGCACCCACCUCGACCACUUCAUUCAUGGAGAAGAUAGUGCCGGUGGCUCCCCAUGCUGGCUACAUCUUCAUCCAGACAGACAAGCCCAUCUACACCCCUGAGCACUUGGUUCAAUACCGGGUGUUUGUUGUGGACCACAAGAUGGAUCCUGUGACCAGGAUAUUCACUCUGGACAUCAAGAACCCGGAGGGGAUCACUGUGAUCAGCCAGAAUCUGCUAGCUGAGGACGGUUUCUUCACAAGAUCCUUUAAACUCCCACAGAUUGUCAGUUUUGGGACCUGGAGCAUCGAAGCCAGUUACCGAAGUGCAGCCAAGCAGAAGUUCAAGGCAGCCUUUGAUGUCAGGGAUUAUGUGCUCCCAUCAUUUGAGGUCCAGCUGAAGCCAAACAAGACUUUCUUCUACCUCAACGAUGAGGCUCUGGGUGUGGACAUCGAGGCUUGGUAUGUAUUCAAAGAGCCAGUGGAUGGACAUGCUCUGGCCAUCUUCAGGGUGAAGUUGCAUUCCCACCGGAUGCCCAUCCAGAGCUCCCUGCAGAGAGUGGAGGUGACUGAGUCUUGA